UUGGGUUUGCGCAUCUGCAAACGCACACCCCCAUGACAAACAAUGUGCCCAGAGGCGAUGAGCGCUUUAUAAAUACGAGAUGGAGCGGCGACGCAGUGAAGCUUGACUCUGGGAUUACUGACGAGACGGUGGCUGGAAGAGUGUGCAGACGGAGAGAUUAGAGCUUGAACCCACCUGGGGGAGGACAGAAGAACGGAUUGUGGGGAGGUAGAAAAAGCAAGGAGACAACAGAAGGCGGAAUAACAGUGGAAUAACUUUCACCUGGCCUUACUGACUGUAAAGGACCUAAAAGGAAUUGAUUGGAAGCACGGCCUGUGCAGCUACCCAAGGGACGCUACCGCUCAGCGCCAUCUAUCAUGUUGGCCUGCCCUCCGUUUUAUUACUGGCUGCUGAUGACACCACCUUAUAUCAGAUAGGAGUGUGUGCCCUGUGUGCAUGCUUCACCUACACACUCGGCCCUGACGCAGGGGGAUAUUAGUCCUGCCACUGUCGAACUGCUGCUGCUCCCUGUCCUGUGUGUGUGUGUGUGUGUGUGUGUGUGUGUGUGUGUGUGUGAGAGAGUGUGUAAGAGAUAGAUAGCAGGUGUUUGUGUGUGUUCAGGCCAUGCGCAGCAGAGCGUGGCAUGCUCUUAGAAGUCGAGACAUAUCGCACCCGUUCAGCUUCUCCAAGGUGUUACAGAAUUUUUUUUUUCCCCCAGUUACACAGCACUGACUUUUCAUAUUUGAUGCCCUAUGUUGCAUACAGCAGCUUCAGAUUUUAUUCCUGAUUUCAUUGAGUUUGUCAUUUAAAAUUGACCUGAACCUUGAGAUGUAUUUCUGCUCUAAUUAGUAAAAGAAACAAACUGCAAGAUUGGUUUGUGAGCAGGAGGAAGAUCAGAGGUGGAUAAGGUGCUGAGGCUGGCAUUUUCUCCCCAAAACCUAGCUGGGUGCAUUUGUUUUUUUUUCCUCCAGUUUUCAAGCUUACCUUUGCUUCCUGCACACUUGUGAUGUAGCUUUGUGAGUUGGUUCACCCAGCUGUAACCCUGCAUUGAUCUGUGUUGAUGUUUGCUGCCACACUCAAGCGGUGUUGUAGAAAUAAGUCUGGCAUUUACCAAGAGGGGCAUAGCUGGAGUCGAACCCAGGUGUUCUUUAGGAUGAGAACCGAAGGGAACUUCUAACAGUGAAAACUGAUCACAGUAAAACAAGCAGCGACUCCUGAUUGAAUCGGCACGCAUGUCGAUUGUUAUCGAAGUGCAGAACUAAUUAACCCACACUCUGGUUGUUAAUAGCAGGCUCGCUUAAGAGUGCAAGUAAAAUUAUACAGCCUUGAAGUUUUUUUCUGUCCUCAAAUGAGAAAGGUGGAGGACUUUAAUUUGCGGAUAUCGGUUAUAGCUCCUGCUGGAGUGUGUGAGUGAGGUGAUGAGAGUUUGAACAGCCGGGUGAAGUGUUUUAAUUAGCUGAUACCUUACGCUCUGCUGCUGCACUGCUGUAGUAGUGGUAUCUAGUGGUUGCAGUUUAGCUGAGUCUCAGCUGGGUGACUCAGUGUGUGUGUGUGUGUGUGUGUGUGUGUGUGUGUGUGUGUGGGGCAUGUGUGUGUGCCUGGCCAAAGCCACAGAAGCCUCAUUGACCAGCCUACGACAGUCAAUACACAAUGAGAGCAGGCCAGCGAUCUCGCCUCUUCUCUCGCUCCCUCACUGUCCUGCUCAUUCAGUCGUCCAUUCUACUCUCCCUCUGCUCACGGGGCCAGGCGGUGCAGGCUGAGAACGUGACAGUUCUCGAGGGCGGCACAGCACAGAUCUCCUGCCGCCUACAGAACUACGAUGGUUCCAUAGUGGUCAUCCAGAACCCACGCAGGCAGACGCUGUUCUUUAACGGCACACGAGCUCUGAAGGACGAACGCUUUCAGAUGGUGCUGUUCACGCCACGCCUGGUGCGCAUCACGCUGAGUAAUGUGAGUGUGUCUGAUGAGGGUGGCUACUUCUGCCAGCUCUACACGGACUCCACGCACCACCAGGUGGCCACGCUGUCAGUGGUGGUGCCCCCGGAGGUGCCCACUGUGGAGGUGAAGAGUGAGGCGGUGGAGGGUGGAGAGGUGGAGCUCACCUGUGUGUCAGAGAGGAGCAAACCUCCCGCUACGCUGCGCUGGGUCCGAGACCGACGAGAGAUUCCUGGUGUGGUGUCUCAGCAGGAGAACGGAAAGACAGUGAGCGUGUCCAACACCAUACGGCUUCCUGUUGAGAGGAAGGACAACGGUGCUGCUCUCAGCUGUGAGGCUUCCCACCCGGCACUCGUAGGACAGAAAAGGGUUCGCCAUUACCGCCUGGAUGUCCACUUUGCCCCCACGGUGAGGAUCAGCCCUCCACAGGGCAUUCUGCGAGAGGGGGACUCGCUCAGCCUUACCUGCUCGGUCACUGGAAAUCCACUGCCACGGGACAUUCACUGGUCGCGAGUGAAUGACACUCUGCCUGAGAGGGCGGAAAUUUCCGGCACUACCUUGGUCAUGUCACGCCUUAGCCAAACACACAACGGCACCUACCUGUGUCAGGCACACAAUAAUUACGGCCGCGCAGCUGACCAGUACACACUGCUGGUGUAUGAGAAUGUGUCUGUGUUUGUCAGUCCCACCUCCCAUCCCGUCACCUCCUCAUCCUCCCUCCCAUGGACACAACCAGACCCUGGAGCAGUGGUGGAGACUCAUAGUGCGGUACCGUAUCCAAUCAUAGGGGGUGUGCUGGCUCUGCUCGUCUUCACCAUCAUCUGCGUGCUCAUUGUAACCAUCUGGUGCUCGGUGCGACAGAAAGGUUCGUACCUCACGCAUGAGGCGAGUGGCCUCGAUGAACACGGGGAGGUGCAGGAAGCAUUUCUCAAUGGGAACGACACAAGUCAAGGCAAGAAGGAGUAUCUACUGUAACAGCUCCUGGAGGAUGGCCAUGGAGCGCGCACACACACACACACACACACACACACACACACAUACACACGUACACACAUAUGCCUGGUGGAAAACCACUAUAGCAGUGCCAUGUAAAAGGGAGGGAGAGGGAGAGAGAGAGCAUCAGGAGAGAAGAAUAGGCUUAAUUAAGAUUGAGGAAGACAUCAGAAACAGAAAAAGCACCGGCCCUACACACCUACACACACUUUCUGUUAAGCUGUAAGUAGGAGGCAGAACCGAAUAGCCAUAACUCUCGAGCCAGCAGAGCAGCAACGACUUACAAACUAUCGACUUUGCCGAUGCAAAUAGAAAUAGAGCACAUGAAAUAUAAAGCCGUCUGAUUACAGCAUCGAGUGCCCUCAUAUAGUGUUUACACUGGGUAUUCACCUGGUACUGGACCUCCGUCAUAUUCCAUUAUCAGGUGUUUAGUAACCCACACACACACAAAGAAUUGCCUCUUAUCAUAACCCUCCUGAGGUAUAGUUCUCUGAUCCUCUCUCAUCUUCUCCAUGUCUCUUCUGCUCUGCUUUCUGUCAUCUCUCCUUCCCUCUCUCUCCCCUGUUUUUGCUCAUAAGUAAGCAUUUAUUACAUGAUUCAGAGGAGCUAGGAGGAAGCAUAAUUACACUGAAGUGUUAUUGGGAACUUGUAGAAGAAGACAAGGUUUAAAGGAGGAAAGUGUAGUAAAAUAAUAGUCAGAAUAUGUGUAAAUGCUAUAGACCUCUUUAUAUGUAUAGACACACACACACACACACAGAGAGAUACACACAUGCAGCAAACAGGCAAACACUGACACAAUGAAACAUAUCUCUUAAGUCAUUAUUUGUAUAAAAAAUUCAGUAAAUUAAAUUAAUCUUUUAAGAAGUGAACAAGAAGGUUUACUUUUGAGCGCAUUACCAAGCGAUGCUAUUAUACUAACACCGAACAUUAGCCUAGAGAAAUAUGAACAAAACACUGUUGCGCAAUCUUUAAAAAAAAAUGGAGAAAAUGAGAAAAAAAUAUAUAUAUUUCAUUUGUCUUUGAAAGAUACUUUGUUUUAUAUUCAUUAUUAUUUUGACUAUGAUUGUUGUUAUUGUUAAUAUAAUUGUAAAUGUUUUAAAUUGUAUAAACUUCCCAUGUUUUGUUGCAACUCUAGAACCUGCUGUCUUUCUUUCUGCUUUUACGCCGCUCUUUUAUCCUUUUUUCAGUCUUUCUUGCUCCUCCUCUCAUCGUCUAUAUGCCGAAUUGUGUGUCCUUCCUUCUUGUCUUUUACUUAUGAUUUUUUAAUAGUCUUCACGUCACUGUUGAUAUAGCUAACCGUGUUUCUUUAUAGAGGAAAAGUUACAGAGCACGACAAAAUAAAACAUACUCCAAAAUCC